UCUCUCAUGUCUCUCGUCGCUGGCCCUGGACGCGGCGGAGUCUUGUCUGCACUGCCCGCUGAACUUCGACUCUACGUCCAAAAGCACGUCGACUACAUCCAAUCUCUCGAUACGCGGAAAGAUGAACUCGAAUACUGGCUUACCGAGCACUUGCGCAUGAGCGGCAUCUACUGGGGCAUCACUCCGCUACACCUGCUCGGCCAACCUGAUGCCUUGCCUAGAGCUGGUUUGCUGGACUUCGUUUUCUCUUGCCUACACGAGAACGGCGGCUUCGGUGCUGCGCCCGGUCACGAUCCUCACAUGUUGUACACCGUCAGCGCCGUCCAGAUACUUGCCACUCUCGAUGCCUUCGACGACCUGGAGCAAAAAGUACCCGGCGCCAAGGAUCGCAUAGUUAUCGCCAGCCUUCAAAAGCCCGAGAACGGCACCUUCGCUGGUGACCAGUGGGGCGAGACCGACACUCGAUUUCUUUACGGUGCGUUCAAUGCCCUCUCNCUGCUCGGUUUGAUGCAUCUGGUCGAUGUCGACAAGGCCAUAGAACAUGUACAGUCUUGCGCAAACUUCGAUGGAGGUUACGGAACAGGCCCAGGAGCAGAAUCCCAUUCCGGUCAAGUCUUCACAUGCGUUGGAACGCUUGCCAUCGCAAAUCGUCUGGACCUUGUCGACAUUGACAAGCUUGGCGGCUGGCUUAGUGAACGACAACUCCCUAAUGGUGGCCUCAAUGGCAGACCAGAGAAACUCGAAGAUGUGUGCUACAGCUGGUGGGUCGUGAGUAGUCUGGCAAUGAUCGACAGGAUUCACUGGAUCGAUCAAACCAAGCUCGCAGAAUUUAUUUUGAAAUGCCAGGAUCCGAACAUGGGCGGCAUCUCAGACAGAGCAGGCGAUAUGGUUGACGUGUUCCACACACAUUUCGGUAUUGCUGGGCUCAGUCUACUGCAAUAUCCAGGGCUGCAAGAGAUUGACCCUAUCUACUGUAUGCCUAAAGACGUGACUGACCGUGUGCUCAACCGAGAAAGUAAGUAG